GAAAGCUUAAAUUUCAUAUUGAUGAUGAAAUCAUUGAAGAAUCGAUUAAAGAAGAUGAUACAAGGAUGGUAAAUCAUGAUGUUACGGUAUUGAAUAAUCCUAAUCCACCACCUCGAAUACCCGUACUAUUAGCAAUCGGUAUCACUUUUAGUUGGAUAUUCUUGUGUGCAGGACUUUUCAAAAUAUGGGAGCAUGAUUGGACUUAUGCAGAAAGCUGUUAUUUCAUGUUUAUUAGUUUAUCAACAAUUGGAUUGGGCGAUCUUGCCGUAAGACGAAGAGACUUGAUGAUAAUGUGUUUUGUUUUUGUGGUAUUUGGUCUUGCAAUGGUCAGUAUGUGUAUCAGUGUUAUACAACAAGCAUUGGAAGAUUUCUACAUCAAAGUUUUUUUGAAAUUAUUCCUUGAAUAUCAAUCUAAAUUAAAUCAAGGUAGUGAUCGAGUUGGAGCGUCUGCAAGUAUGAUGCAAAGCUGGGGUAACAACAAGAAAGCUAAAUAUCUGAUGUCAUUUCUCAGCAAGAAUAGACGAACAUCGGUAUUCAACAAGGUGCAAAAAGAUGCUGAAGCGCGUGGAAUUGAAAUUCCGUCAAUCUUCUCAGAUAUUGAUGAAGAAUCUGGCAUGCCAAAAUUGUUUUCUAAGGAUGUAAACGAAACAACGCUACCAGUUACUGUGGAAGAAACAAUUCAACAAAAUGUUGAAACUGAACAAAUUGCGCCAAUUCAAUCAUCAACUGAGCUAUCUCUUCCAAAAACAGUGUUCUGUGAUAUCGCUGUACAAACUUGCCUUUUAUCAUUCGAUGAUAAAGGAGAGCAAACAUUAAUUGUGACACUAUUGGAUACAGCUAUCGUAACUGAUCCCUUAAUUAAUGAAAUGGUUGAAGAGGCUGUUCAAUGUGCUAAUCCUGUAUUAAUUCAUAGUAUUACACAAACUGAAGUAAUCGAAUUGCGAGAUAAUGAAUGUAUUACGGUUAUGCCUGAAUAUACGAUACGUGAUGUACAAACGGAUGAAAUAAGAUUAGCUGAGCAGGAGAUUCAAACUCAUCUAUAUGAUAUCUUAGAAGCUAUCACUCAAACUGAAGACGAUGAAUUUAUUCAGAAGCCAUUUGUAGAAAUAAUAGAGAGUGAAAUGCAAACUGAUCCUAUAAUUCUGGAAGAAUGCAAAAAUGAAUCAGGAAUGUCACGAGUGAAGGAACGAUUGUUGAGCGAAACACUUGCAAAAAGGAAAUCCAUAUCUGAUUCUACGGAUUUCGCAGAGGAUGAAGAAGUUAUAGAUGAAGAUGAGGAAACUAAUAAUCUUGAUUGGAAUCCCAUUGAUGGUAUGCAUGCUGAAAGGCAGCGUCCGGUACGAGAUUUAAAGAAAUUUUUUGAAACCAGUAAAAAAAGAGGCUCAUUCAGACGACGAUCACAAACUCGACUUUCAAUAUCUCCAUCUUCGUCCGGAAAAAUUAGAUUUUGA